AUGUUUGCUUAUACCUUCGCUGUUAUUUCAGUUCAUUUUCUUUAUCGAUAUUUUGCAAUCUGUAAACAUCAUUGGUUAAGUUUGUUUUUCAAACCAAGAUUUAUUUGUCUCACCAUUUGCUCUGUUUUAUUAUAUGGUUCAUCAUACAUACUUCUUAUUGCUAUAUUUAUGUGGCCAAAUGAAGAAACAAGACUUGUUUUAGAUCUUGAUUUCAUUCAAAAGUACAAUGAGACCACAAAAAAUAUACCAUUCUUUAUUGGAACUUAUGGAGUAAGUUUUAUGUGGUUAUAAAAUUGAUAUAUUUAUUCAUUGCCUGCAGCCUGAAUCCGAUAGAAGUGGGUUGAUUUCAAUGGGCUCGGCAGCAAUUAUUCUAUUGAUCUCCUUGAUCUUCGAUGCAAUUCUUGCGAAAAAUAUACAUUAUUCAAUCAAAAACUUGAACUUAAGUGAUAAUGUGAAGAAAAUUCAUAGAAAUUUAUUGAUCACAUUGAUAAUACAAACAACAAUUCCAUCAAUUCUCACAUUUUUUCCAUGCUUAAUUAUUUGGUUUUAUCCGUUCUUGAAUUUGGAUUUUAGUUAUUACAGUAAUUCAAUAUUUGUGCCGAUGGUUAAUUGUUAUCCAUUUAUUGAUCCAAUUGUUAUAACAUUGGCACUAAAUGAUUAUCGAAUGGUUGUGUUCAAAUGUUUCAAGAGGCCAACACAAAUUCAUUCUUAUAACACUUCUACGUUUUUCACCACCGUGCUGACUUAA